AUGAGGUACGAUGGAACUCAAGACCCACAGGAGCAUCUAACGGCCUUCGAGGCCAGAAUGAAUUUGGAGGGGGUAGGUGACGAGGUCAGGUGUCGCGCUUUCCCAGUCACCCUGGUGGGACCCGCAAUACGGUGGUUUAAUAGGCUCCCGCAAGGUUCUAUUGCUAGGUUCUCAGACAUCAACCGCACCUUCUUGGCCCAAUUCACUACCCAAAUCGCGAAGGCAAAACACCCGAUCAACUUACUCGGGGUGACACAAAGGCCCGUCGAGCCGACCAGAAAAUACUUGGACCGGUUCAACGAUGAGUGUUUGGAGAUCGACGGCCUAACCGACUCGGUGGCUAGUUUGUGUUUGACGAAUGGACUUUUAAAUGAGGAUUUCAGGAAGCAUCUCACCUUGAAGCCGGUUUGGACGAUGCAGGAGAUCCAAAGCGUAGCCAAGGAAUAUAUCAACGAUGAAGAAGUCAGUCAAGUCGUGGCUGCCAAGAAGCGGCAGCCCUCCUACCAUCAACCUCGACAGCACGGUGGCAGAGAAAGGAAGAAGGAGCGCACUGAAGUUUAUCAGCAGAUAGCCGAGAAGGGAAUCUUGUCGAAGCCCCGACCUCUAAAGGACCGAACCGGGGGGAACAAGAGCCUCUAUUGUGAUUAUUAUAAGGGCUAUGGACAUAAGACACAGGAUUGCUUCGACCUGAAGGACGCGCUAGAGCAGGCGAGCCGGGACGGAAAGCUAGCCGAGUUCUCCCACCUUAUCAAAGAGCCGAGGAGACGUAAACGAGACCGAGAUGGGGGAGGACAAAAGCCGCACGUUUUAAUUGAUAAUCAAAACUCAUUUGAUAUCAUAAACUGA